AUGCUACCCCGUGUGGGACGAUACUCCCCCCGUCUCCACUCCAGCUACAUCGAGAUCUCGAACUACUUCCGCGGCCGACAAGCUGGGCUACGGACUGGUCUGUUAACUCAAAUUCCGAAAUAUAGAGCAUUUCAUAAACAGUCUUGUCUCCGGGAGCAACCACAUAUCCAUGCAGAGCACCGGACCUUCCUAGAACGUUUUAAGAAAGCUGUUGAGUUUCCCCCUGCUACGCAUAAUGACUUUGAGGUGUUUCUGGCCCAGGCCAGUUCUGGUCAAGAAGCCAUUCUGCACGGCUACCUCGGACACCGCGCGGACCUCUCCAAGAAACUAUCCUUCGUGCGCUUAACGGACCCGACAAUGAAACACAGCGUGCAACUAGUCUCGUUUGCCAAAAGUGGCGACGCUUUUGAAAAAUUCAGGUCAAUUGGAGCGAACAGCCCCGUCGCAGUCCGAGGCAAGGUUCAGGCUAAGAAGGCAAAGGGAGGGGAGACGCCUGAAAAGAGUGAUGCUUGGGAAGUGCACGUCGAAGAUGUACACCCGCUCAAUGACUUCCCGAACGAUAUUCUCAUGACUCCGGAGACCGUGUUCGCCCCGGAACAACGGUAUCUGCAGUUACGCAAUGAGAGUGAGUUGCGUGAUGCGCUUCGGUUCCGUGCGCAGGUACACAAUGUUUGCAAAGAGGAGUUGGAGCAGUGUCAGCCUGCUUUUGUCGAGGUUGAGACGCCACUUUUGUUCAAGUCGACGCCGGAAGGUGCCAGAGAGUUUCUGGUUCCAACGCGCAGGCGUGGAUUGGCUUAUGCUUUGCCGCAGAGUCCUCAGCAAUACAAGCAGAUUCUUAUGGCUAGUGGAAUCCCGAGAUAUUACCAAUUCGCACGAUGCUUCAGAGAUGAAGAUCUCCGGGCGGAUAGACAGCCUGAAUUCACCCAGCUCGAUCUGGAGAUGUCUUUUGCAACCGGCGAAGAUGUCAUGAAGGUCGUUGAAGGAGUUAUCUGCAGGCUCUGGUCGACCCUGAUGAACGAACCAGCACCGUCCGGCCCAUUCCGGAGACUUUCAUACGAGGAGGCCAUGAGCAAGUACGGAUCCGAUAAACCAGACACUCGAUACGGCAUGCAAAUCUCUCGGAUCGACUACCUCCUCCCCGUCGACCUAGUCAGCAAGAUCACACCAAUCCUCAAACCAUACGUGGAAGUCUUCAAAAUCGAAAACAACGACAACGACCCCGCCGCUAUGACCAAAUUCCUCACUGAAUUCCUAGACUCCCCGGCUGGCGUCCCAUUCAACAGCAACCCGGACGGCGCCCCGGGAAUCUUCGUCUACAACGCCAAGAAACCCCUCUGCGGCCUGCAACCCUUCGGCUUCGAAGCAGCCGAACACAUCGAAAACGCCCUCGACCCAGACCACGGCGACCUCAUCGUAAUCCAAGCCCGUGAAGCAGCGCCCUUCACCGGCGGCUCCACUGCAAUCGGCGACCUGCGUCGCGCUCUGCACACCGCCGCCGUAUCCUCGGGCUUCAAGCCAGCCCCCACAGGCUUCGAAUUCCUCUGGAUAACAGACUUCCCCCUCUUCUCCCCCUCCUCAGACACAGAACCGGGCCAGGGCGGCACAGCGGGGAUCUCCUCAACCCACCAUCCCUUCACAGCGCCCAAGACCGCAGCGGACGUCGACAAACUCCUAUCCGACCCCACACAAGCAAUCGCAGACCACUACGACCUCGUCGUCAACGGCGUGGAACUGGGCGGUGGAAGUCGUCGUAUCCACGACGCAGCUGUGCAGGAGUUCAUCCUCCGUGAUAUCCUGCAGAUGCGGCCGGAGCGGUUGGCAGACUUUGAACACCUGCUUGAUGCGCUUAGGGCUGGGUGUCCGCCGCAUGCGGGGUUGGCGCUGGGAUUUGAUCGGUUGGUGGCGAUUAUGCUGGGGAAGGAGAGUGUUAGGGAUGUUAUUGCGUUCCCGAAGACUGGGAAGGGAGGGGAAGAUGCUAUGGUGAGGGCUCCGAGUGAGAUGAGUGAGGAGGCGUUGGAGACGUAUCAUUUGCGGUUGAGGGGUGAUUAG